CUUAACUGUGUGGAAGUUGCUGUCGAAGUUGUGAAAGAAGAUAUCGAAGAAAAUAUAUUUUUUUUCCUGAUUAUUUAGCCGGCGUGUCUCGGGUCGUGUCGGACCAGCCGAAAUGGACGAAUAUGACGAACUGUUCGAGGUUCAGGACGACUUCGAGGAGCAAUUUGCCGACGAGCUGGAGGUGCUGGCUGAGCUGGAGGAGGAAACUUGCAAGCCAGGGAAACGUCACAGUCAGGUUCCAGGAGACAACAUCUCAGAUAUAGAGCACCUGCUGGACAAUCAGCCCAUCACUCCAAAAGCAAAGCGACAGAAGCAGGACACCGGUGUGGUCAAGCGACUUUUCAACUCAUCACAAGUUCAAGAGAGCAAAGUUCCUUCUCCGAGGGAUGACAUCACACCGCCAUCCUCUCCAGAGCACUAUGAGCCGUCUCAGGCAUACAGGUCUACCCCUGCUGUGCUGGAUAUCAGUGGCUUUGCUGAGAUCACAGAGUCACCACAGCGACCUCCCACAGUGGCACCAGCAUCCCUACAUGUGCUGAAGCGACCUCCUUUAGAGGGAGACUACAUCAGUGUGACAGACUCGUCUGGGAAUCGGGUCUAUCUCCGACAGAAAGAAGACACAGAGACAAAGAUAGGGGACUCCAGAAUAGUACCAAACUCCCAGGGUGGAUUGGGGCUGCUGGCAGUGCCGAUAGGGCUGCUGAGAGAACAAGAAGCAGAGCGGCGCCACCAGCAGGUUGUGGCGGAAUCGCAGCGUCUUACAGAGCUGCUAGCCAGAAGUGUAAACGAUGUGUUAGUUGAAUCUGAAAACGCAGAAGAUGAAGAAAAUGAAGAUCCAGAGGACACAGAGGGCCGAGCGUCUCGGCUGUGGGUGGACAGAUUUUCACCACAUCACUACACACAGCUGCUCAGCGACGAUUUUACCAACCGAUGUCUGCUCAAGUGGCUGAAGCUUUGGGACACUGUAGUGUUCGGAAGAGAGAGGAAGUCCCGCCCUGCCCGAUCAGACAGACAGGCUGCCAAUCAGAAUACAUUCAAACCCAAUCAAGGAAAUCAAAAUCAAAAUCGCUUCAAGAGCAAGAUUGAGGUGACUGAGGAGCUGCUGGAGGCUGAACUGGACCAGUACAAGCGCCCUAAAUUCAAGGUGGCGUUAUUAUCUGGUCCUCCAGGUUUGGGGAAGACCACCUUGGCUCAUGUCAUAGCAAAGCAUGCUGGGUACAACGUGGUGGAAAUCAAUGCCAGUGAUGAUCGGAGCGCUGAGGUGUUCCAGAAACGCAUCGACACGGCGACACAGAUGAAGUCAGUUUUGGGAGCCAAUGAGAGGCCGAACUGCCUCAUUAUUGAUGAGAUCGAUGGAGCACCCGUGGCUGCCAUCAACAUACUGUUGGCAGUUCUGAACAGGAAAGAUGGACACGGAGGGGAGGCCGGUACAGAGACGACAAAGAAGAAAAAGAAGAGGGAGCCCAUCCUGCUUCGACCGAUCAUCUGCAUCUGUAAUGACCUUUAUGUCCCAGCUCUCAGGCCUCUCAGGCAGCAGGCCUUCCUCCUGGCUUUCCCGCAGACCCAGCCUUCCCGCCUCGCACAGAGGCUGGCAGAGAUCUCACUCCGGCAGGGGCUGAAGGCAGACACGGGCACUCUGAUGUCACUGUGUGAGAAGACUGACAACGACAUCCGGUCCUGCAUCAACACGCUGCAGUUCCUUCACGGUCGUGGCAUCAAGGAGCUGGACAGCAAGACGAUUCAGAGCAUCUCUGUGGGGCAGAAGGACCAGAACAAAGGCUUGUUUCAUCUGUGGCAGGAAAUCUUCCAGUUACCACGUACAAAACGGAAACGCAUCGGUGAGGGGUUUGAGGAGGCACCGGGUUCAGGGAGUGGAGCUCAGAGGUUCCAGCACAUCUUACAUCUGGCUUCAUCUAGUGGAGAAUAUGAAAAAGUUUCUCAGGGUCUGUAUGAUAAUUAUCUGUCCAUGCGUGUGAGGGACCCAAACCUCCAGAGCGUGUGUGAGGCUCUGAACUGGCUGUCCUUCUCAGACAAGCUGAGCCACGUGAUUCUGCAUGGGCAGAAUUUCUCUCUGAUGAAAUACCUGCCCUUUCUUUCUGUCACAUUUCACUUCCUGUUUGCCCACACGAAUGUGCCCCGCAUCAGCUAUCCCCACAGCCAGCACGAGGCCUCCUCUCGGCUCCUCAGCUGCAAGAACGCGCUGUCCACCAUGUUGGCCGACAUCCCAGCGAGUAUCAGAACGAGGAUCAGCCAGCUCAGCCUGUCCCUCGAUAUCCUCACCUUGCUCCUCGACGUCAUCUGUCCCAAACUGCGGCCUGUGAAUCCACAGCUGUUCAGCAGCAGAGAGAAGGAGCAGCUGCGUGAGCUGAUCGACACCAUGCUGGCCUACAACCUGUCUUACAGGCAGGACCGCACUCCAGAGGGACAGUACACCUAUGUACUAGAACCGCGUGUUGAGGAGGUGGUGAGGUUUCCGGGCCUGCCGCCGCGCCGCCAGCUGACGUACCAGGCCAAACAAACCAUCAGCAGAGAGAUGGAGCAGGAGAAGAUGAGGAGGGCCGAGCAGCUGAUGCUGCAGCGAAACCCUGCAGCGAAAAUGGAAGAAAAAAAGAGCGCUGGUCCUAAAGCAAGCAGGAAUCACCAGCAGAGGCUGGAGAAUAUUGUCAAACAGACAACAGUGGAGAGCAGGCCUGAGGUGGAUUUCUUUGGUCGAGCUGUUGCCCCUAAACUGCAGAGACCACAGGCAUCCUCAGACACAGGUGGCAAUUGUGCUGAUCCAUCUAUGGGAACAGCAGUGGGCAACAGUGACGUGUGGUUCCGGUUUAAUGAGGGCAUGUCCAACGCUGUCAGGCGAAAUGUUUACAUCAGAGAUUUGCUGUAACACACACACACGUGCACUGCUUUCUUAUUCUCUGCUGUAUUUGUUGUUGUAUCAUAUG